AUGGCAGCAAUCCCUCCUAUCAAUGGCAAUGGCAAUGGCUACUAUGGAUUUCCAUCUCCAAUCUCCAUUGCUCCUCCUCUGUCUUCUUCAUCACCAAUUCCAUCAAUCCCACCUCCAAAUGCACCAUUAUCUACUCCUUCUUACUCUUCUCCAUCCCCUCCAAUGCUGUCUCCUCCUCCUUCAUUGCCACUAUCACCUCCACCACCACCACCACCACCACCUACUCUUCCUUACUUUUCUCCACCACCUCCAAUGGCAUCUCCUCCUCCUCCUCCAAUGCUACUAUCAUCUCCACCACCACCUCAACCCAUUCCUCCAGCAUUGCCUCCUAGAGUAUCACCACCUCCAUCUCCGCAAACUCCGGUUUAUCUUUCACCGCCACCACCUUUUCUUUAUCCAUCACCACCACCUCCAUUGCCGCCUCUGCCGCCGUUACCUCCACCAGUACUAUCAGCUCCAUCACCCAAGACUUCACCUUUACCUGCUCCUCAUCCUCCACCACCACCACCACCACCACCACCACCUCCUCCUAGGCACAGUGGUUCUCAUUCCAACAUGACUAAACCCUCAAGAAGUCCGGCACCGCGACGAGGCAGCUCCAGCGAUAUCGUGUUUAAGACAGCAGCAGUCACUUCCCUUGCUGUUGUUGCUGGUAUUGUGAUGCUUAGUUUAGUAGGAGCAGUCUUUUGGUUUGUGAAGAAGCGCAGGAGGCCUGCAAUCGGUGGCAAUUCAGUAAACUCUGCCAUUCCUGCUUCUUCUCUUGGUUCUUUACCACAGCCAUUAGAUUCAUUGUAUUCAAGGCCACCAACAGGUCCUCUUGUUAAGCAUGGCUCUGGAACUGGUAGUCAUAUGUUCUUCUACUCUCCAUCUCACCAGAGUUUAGGCAGCUUAACAUUGUGCUUUACCUAUGAGGAGUUGUUAGAAUGUACCAAUGGCUUCUCCCAUGAUAGCCUUUUAGGCAAAGGUGGAUUUGGUUGUGUGUACAAAGGUUGUUUGCCGGAUAAAAGAGAGGUGGCCGUCAAACAGCUGAAAGUAGGUGGCGCGCAAGGGGAACGGGAAUUUAGAGCCGAAGUUGAGAUCAUUAGUCGAGUGCACCAUCGACAUUUAGUUUCUCUUGUAGGUUAUUGCAUUUCUGAGAAUCAAAGAUUGCUUGUCUAUGACUAUGUCCCAAACAAUACUCUUUACCAUCAUCUUCAUGGAAGCCGGGUUAUGGAUUGGCCAACAAGAGUUAAGGUAGCUGCCGGUGCAGCUCGUGGAAUAGCAUAUCUGCAUGAAGAUUGCCAUCCUCGAAUUAUUCAUCGAGAUAUCAAGUCCUCAAACAUUCUACUAGAUAACAACUUUGAAGCUCAGGUUUCUGAUUUUGGACUUGCAAGAUUGAGUAUGGAUACCUCCACGCAUGUAACUACACGCGUAAUGGGGACAUUUGGAUACUUGGCCCCAGAAUAUGCAUCAACAGGGAAGCUGACCGCUAAAUCGGAUGUAUAUUCAUUCGGAGUUGUUCUUCUGGAACUUAUUACUGGGAGAAAGCCUGUGGAUGCAUCUCAGCCUUUGGGAGAUGAAAGUCUUGUUGAAUGGGCUCGGCCUUUGUUACUUCAUGCACUUGAAACUGGAGAAUUCAAAGGACUACUAGAUCCAAAGCUCCAGAAUAAGUACAACAAAAGCGAAAUGUUUCGUAUGAUUGAAGCUGCAGCAACUUGUGUUCGACAUUCAGCACUGAUGAGGCCGCGAAUGAUUCAGGUGGUGAGAGCUCUUGAUACUUUAGUAGAUACAGAUCUUAACAAUGGAGUUCAACCGGGACAGAGUGAAAUCUUUGAUUCAGCGCAGCAUUCUGCAGAAAUUAAUAUAUUUCAGAGAAUGCCUUUCGGAAGUCAUGAUUUUAGCAGUGAGUUAAGCAGAAAUAGCUGGAGAAUUCGAAGAAAUUUGUGAACAUGUUUGGGUUAAAUAUGUAGCCAUUCUUUCAUUUGUUAUUGUGAGAAAAUCAUUUCUGCUGCAUUACUGAUUAUAAAGUGGAAAAGAGUGUUUUUCUUCAGUUAUUCC